AUGAAUAGAUUAUCACAAUUAGCUUCACAAACUGUUUCAUCGGUUGGUAGUCCACCAGCCCCAGAUCAUCCUUUAGAUCCUUUAUCACCAUUGGAAAUUAAAUCAGUUUCAGCUUUAGUUAAAAAAGAAUAUAAACAUAAAACUAUUAUAUUCAAUACAAUUACUUUAAGAGAACCAAUUAAAAGAGCUUAUUAUGAAUGGAAAGAAAAAAAUGGUCCAAAACCACCAAGAUUAGCUUAUUUUGUCAUUGUUGCUGAAGGUGAUACUGGUGUUCAUGAAGGUAUUGUUGAUAUAUCAAAUCAAACAGUUAUUGAAUUUAAACAUACAGAUGCUGUUCAACCAAUUUUAACCCCAAGUGAUUUACAAGAAACUGAAGAAAUUGUUAGAAAUGAUCCAGAAGUUGCAAGACAAUGUGAAAUUGUUGGUUUACCACCAAAUUCAAUGGAUAAAAUUUAUUGUGAUGCUUGGACAAUUGGUUAUGAUGAAAGAUGGGGUGCUUCAAGAAGAUUACAACAAGCUUUAAUGUACUAUAGAUCAGAUGAAGAUGAUUCACAUUAUUCCCAUCCAUUAGAUUUUUGUCCAAUUGUCGAUAUGAAUGCUAAAAAAGUUAUAUUCAUUGAUAUUCCAUCUAAGAGAAGAAAAAUUUCAACUUUUAAGCAUUCAAGUUUUCAUCCAAAACAUAUUGCUGAAAAAUUUGGUACUAAAGAAAAUCCAAGUGGGUUUAGACAAGAUAAUGAUUUUCCAAUUAAUAUUACACAACCAGAUGGUGUUUCAUUUAAAUUAGAUGGUCAUGUUAUGUCAUGGUCAAAUUUUAAAUUCCAUAUUGGUUUUAAUUAUAGAGAAGGUAUUGUUUUAAGUGAUAUGACUUGGAAUGACCAUGGAAAUGUUAGACCUUUGUUUCAUAGAAUUUCAUUAUGUGAAAUGGUGGUUCCUUAUGGAUGUCCAGAUUUUCCGCAUCAAAGAAAACAUGCUUUGGAUAUUGGUGAAUAUGGUGCUGGUAACUGUACAAAUCCUUUAGCUUUAGGUUGUGAUUGUAAAGGGGUUAUUCAUUAUAUGGAUGCUCAUUUUGCAGAUAAAAAUGGUGAUGCAGCAACUGUUAAAAAUGCAAUUUGUAUCCAUGAAGAAGAUGAUGGUUUAUUAUUCAAACAUUCAGAUUUUAGAGAUGAUUUUCAAACAACAGUUACUACAAGAGGUAAAAAAUUGAUUGUGUCACAAAUUUUUACUGCAGCAAAUUAUGAAUAUUGUUUAUAUUGGAUUUUUAGACAAGAUGGUACAAUUAAAUUAGAAGUUAGAUUAACUGGUAUAUUAAAUACGUAUGUUUGUUCAGAAGAUGAAGAUAUUGGACCAUGGGGUACAAGAGUUUAUCCAAAUGUUAAUGCUCAUAAUCAUCAACAUUUAUUUUCAUUAAGAUUACAUCCAAGAAUUGAUGGUGAUAAUAAUUCAGCUGCUACAAGUGAUGCUAGACCAUCACCACAUCCAACUGGUUCAAAAGAAAAUAAAUAUGGUAAUGGUUUCUAUUGUGAAAAGACUACAUUUAAAACAGUUGGUGAUUCUGUUACAAAUUUCGAAAGUGCAACUGCAAGAACUUGGGAUAUUUUCAAUCCAAACUCGUUACAUAAAUAUUCAGGUAAACCAGCAACUUAUAAAUUAGUUUCAACUUUUUGUUCACCAUUAUUAGCACAGGAAGGUUCAUUAGUUAGAAAAAGAGCAUGUUGGGCAGCUAAUACUACUCAAGUAAUACCUUAUUCAGAUGAUAAUCAUGGUUAUGGUAAAUUAUAUCCAUCAGGUGAUCAUGUUGCUCAAUGGAGUGGUGAUGGUGCAAUUGGUAUGAGAGAAUGGAUUGGUGAAGGUAAAGAUAAAGUUGAAAAUACUGAUAUUGUCUUUUUCCAUACUUUUGGUAUUACUCAUUUCCCAGCUCCAGAAGAUUUCCCAGUUAUGCCAACUGAAAUUUUUGAUUUACAAUUAAGACCAAGAAAUAUUCAUACUGAAAAUCCAGUAUUAGAUGUUAAACCAUCAUAUGCUAGAACUACAUCUGAAGUUAAAGCUGGUAAAAAAGGUGUUGAUACUUGUUCAUUGAAUGUUGAUAAAACAAGCAGAUUAGCUUUUGGUGAAAAAGAUUGUUGUAAGAAGUAA